AUGGAAGUGGAACAAUCACAAAUUGUCAGUGAAGAUGUUGCUCAUCCACUUGAACAAGAGCAAGAAGUUCAACAAAUACAAGGAGAAGGGUUGUCAUCAUUGCCACCAAGUGCAUUAAUAGAGGUAAGCAAAAGAAAACCCUCUAGAAAACCUUCUACAGUUUGGAAAGAUUUUAAAAGGGUUAAUGAUAAGGCUAUAUGUAAGUAUUGUGGGAAACAAUAUGCUGCAAAUAGUGGUAGUCAUGGCACUACUAACAUGCAUAAACAUUUGAAAGUGUGCCUGAAAAAUCCAAAUAGGGUAGUUGAUAAGAAACAAAAAACUAUAGCUAUUGGAAAAGAAAGUGAGGAUGAUCCUAAUAGUGUUAUCUUGAAACUUGUUGAUUUUAAUCAAGAGAGGACUAGAUUAACACUUGCAAAGAUGAUAAUCAUUGAUGAGCUCCCUUUUAAAUAUGUUGAAAAUGAAGGAUUUAAUAUGUUCAUGAAAGAGGCUCAACCAAGAUUCAAAAUUCCAUCUCGUGUCACUGUUGCCAGAGAUUGUUUAUGCUUGUACUUCGAUGAGAAAGAAAAAUUGAAAGGAUGUCCUAAUCGAGCUGAUUGGGAACGAGCUCGUAUUUUUGUGAAGUUUUUGAAAACUUUUUAUGAUGCCACACUUUCUUUUUCUGGUUCAUUGCAUGUUACUGCUAACUCUUUUUUCAAACAGUUGAUGGAUAUUAAAAAAACGUUGAAUAAAUGGAGGCACAAUGUUAGUGAUCCAAUUUUGAAAACCAUGACAGCAAAUAUGCAAUUGAAGUACAACAAGUAUUGGGAAAGCAAUACAAUAAAUUAUCUUCUCUUUGUUGCUAUUUAUCUUGAUCCUCGUUAUAAGCUUGACUAUAUUGAAUUUUGUUUUACUCGGAUGUAUGGUGAAAAAUUGUCAGAGGAUAUGUUAAAGAAAUUGAAAUCUCUCAUUGCUAAAUUGUUUGAGCACUAUUUAUUUUUGUAUCCUGUUUCUCAUGAUGGUGGUUCCAAUGUCUCAUCUUCAAACAUUGCCUCUCAUUCUAGAAUUGAAAAUGGUGAAGAUGAUGAAGAUUGGGACAAUUUGUUUAGAAUGAAUAUGAAGAAAAAACAAUGUGAAGUGCAAAAAAAUGAGUUGGAAAGGUAUUUGGAGGAUGGUGUUGAAGAUGAUUCUCCUACAUUUAAUAUUCUCACUUGGUGGAAAGGAAAAACAAAUAAAUAUCAUGUGCUUUCCCGCAUAGCUAGAGAUAUAUUGGCUAUCCCUGUAUCCACUGUAUCUUCUGAAUCUGCUUUUAGUACAGGAGGUCGUGUCCUUGAUUCAUUUCGUAGUUCCUUGAAUCCCUCUACCGUUGAAGCUUUGAUUUGUACUCAAAAUUGGAUCAAAUCUCCUAAGGUCAUUGAUUUAGAAAAAGAGUUGGUUGAAUUGGAAAAGGUUGAGUCAGAGUUAGCUGGAUUAGUUUCUAUUGAUGUUGGCAUUACUGCGGUUGAGCUCAAUACAACUGUUACUACUAGAUUUUAA